GGACUCAAAGACAAAUGGGGGUGUAGCAGGGAAGAGCUCAAACCAAAACCCAGUGAUUUACAUGGACUUGUUCAGCCUGGGUGUAACGAUGAAACGAUCACCCCUCUAUCCCCACAGUCACAUGGAAUAGUGAGGGUGCAGAAUUCACCGCAACACCUCUUACCACAAACCACUCCUGAGUGUGCCAUUGGACCAGCUUGGACGGACCAGACAGAACAGGGCAGAACAACUCCCAGCCACUCCAGAAUUCUCUCCAACAGGACAUCGUAAUCAAUCAAAAGAAUGUUCUCCCUUGGCCAAGUUUUGAGUGAUACCCAGAAACCUUGCCCUGGUUUAAAUUAAAUACUCCUAAGAACCCCUUACAAACAGAUGGGUAAUAAGAUAUGAGUUUAUUUGUGAAUGAAUAUGGAAUGUUAAGCGUUUGGCUGCCAAGAAUUCAUUGUUUCAGCCUCCUAAAUUGCUUCAGUGCCCUUAUCGGUUGGUUGAGAGGCUGGGUUCUAUAAUGAGAAAUCCCUGGGAAACAUGAGAACUGACAGAGACUCAAGGACUGAUUUAGUUCAGAUUAACCCCAUCUAUGGACCCUGAGAUAAGAGAAUAACAUGUUACACAUUCUCUUCAGAGCCGCACCUACAGUAUACAAAGAAUGAGGAUCUCUCCUGCUGCUCCUUCCUCACUCCUUUUUGACCCAUUUAUUUAAAGGAGUUUAACAGAGGCCCAUGGUACUUUACACUAAAGCAACACUUUGGCGAUAACGAAGAGCCAGCUAAGCGCAUUGAGAAGUGUACUAUAUUCUAUAAUGUGACAUAGAGACUCAUAGAUUUAGCCGGUGGUAACUUGUGGGAAUAGACACUGGUUGGAAUGUGGUUUUAACCAAUCAGCAUUCAGGAUUAGACCCAUCCAUUGUAUAAAAAAUUAUAUACACAAAGUCAGAUCUUAGCUCCCAGUAGGAAAAACCCAAAAUUGAGGUAAACUGGACAAAAUGGACAACAUGGCCGCCAAUGGGACCAGCAACUACCCAGCAUACCCCACCGACUUCCCCUACAACUCCAGCCUAGACUAUGAGGACUACGACCAGGAACCUGACACCAGCAAGAUCAUCAUCCCCUCCAUCUACGCCCUGGUCUGCUGCGUGGGUCUAACAGGCAACACCAUGGUUAUCUAUGUUAUCCUUAAGUACGCCAAGAUGAAAACCGCCACCAAUAUUUAUAUAUUGAAUCUGGCAAUUGCAGAUGAACUGUUUAUGUUGAGUGUGCCGUUUCUGGCGACAUCGGCGGCUGUACGUCAUUGGCCAUUUGGCUCGCUCAUGUGCCGUCUGGUGUUGAGCGUGGACGGCAUUAACAUGUUUACGUCCAUCUUCUGUCUGACGGUGUUGAGCGUGGAUCGAUACGUGGCCGUGGUUCACCCUAUCAAGGCUGCCCGCUACCGCCGACCGACUGUUGCCAAAGUAGUCAACGUCUGCGUGUGGGGCCUCUCGCUCCUUGUCAUCCUCCCCAUUAUAAUUUUCGCCGACACGGUCCCGGCGCAGGACGGCGGUGUGGACUGCAACUUUCUGUGGCCCGAGGCAGCGUGGUCGGAGGCGUUCGUGGUCUACACCUUCCUGCUCGGCUUCCUGCUUCCUGUGGGUGCAAUCUGCCUCUGCUACUGCCUGAUGGUGGCGCGCAUGCGGGCGGUCGGGCUGAAAGCCGGUUGGCUGCAGCGGCGGCGCUCUGAGAAAAAGAUCACACGGAUGGUGGUGUGUGUGGUGGCGGUUUUUGUCCUCUGCUGGAUGCCUUUCUACAUCGUCCAGCUGGUCAGUGUGUUCCACCACCCUCCUAACCCCAUGGUCACCCAGCUCUUCGUCAUCCUGAGUUAUGCCAACAGCGGUGCCAACCCCAUCCUCUACGGCUUUGUGUCGGAUAACUUCCGCCGGUCGUUCCAGAGGAUUGUGUGCUUCCGUUGGUUGGAGUCUGGGCUGGACUGUGAACAGGUGGACUACCGUGCUGUAGCACUGAAGAGACAGGCCACCAAUGGACAAAAAGAAUUCCCUAAAGAAUGCCUGGCAUCUGAUAUGGUGUUCCGGAAUGGGACAUAUACCUCACGCACUACUACAUUGUGACUGGGACCAGGUUUUGUGAAUGAAACCCCACACUGAGAGUGAUGGGGAAGCAACGAAGGACAAAGAAUAAAAUAACACAUGAACAAUGAGGGAGGCCAGUUUUGAUAAGGACCAAUUAUAAAAAUGUAAUAAAUGAUGUUCUCUCAUUAUAUGCUGUGACCAUUAUAAGAGCACUAUUUAACUUCAUACCACAGCAUUGUUGAAUACUCGUUUCUGAUUGGCUAGAAGGGCAAUCUAGAAUGGGCAUUAAACAAGAUAUACGGGACACCUAAUCAAGACGCAGUAUAAAGCACUGCACAUGCUAUAAAGUUACAGAAAGCUAAACUAGCAACCACACAAACCGAUUAUUGGAUACAUUGUAAACGCAGGUCCAACGAGAACCUAGCUAGCUAGCAUUCAUUUGUUUUUGCAGAGACAUCUGAAUUGUAUUUAUUUAUUUCAUUUAUUUCACCUUU